AUGUUCACGAAGUUGCUCGUGUGGAGCCUCAUGGGCCUUGCCCAUCUACCGACUCUGCGUGCAGAGGCAGCAUUGCCACCAACACUAAUACUGCCCUGGGGAGUAUACGAAGGCCAGCCUAUGACAGAUGAUCCAGAUAUUUUUCUAUUCGAGAACGUCCGUUUCGGUGCCAACCCUCUGCGGUUCGGCCCCCCAGCCUUCCCAACGUCGACAAGCACAGCCAUUCAGCCUGUCAGCGACGGACGCAACUGCAUUCAGAUUGACCCGAAUGGUCUCCAUAACGCACCAGGUGGUCAAAGCCCAGUCGAUACCCCUGAUGAUCAGGUCACUCCGCAAGGCGAGGACUGCCUGUUCCUCGACCUCUACGUGCCAAAGCACGUAAUCGAAACUCCUCCGGUGAAGGCUUUGCCGGUGGUCGUAUGGAUCUAUGGCGGCGCGUUCGCAUUCGGCAGCAAGAACCAGCUCGGUCCUUUAUAUACCGGACAUGCCUGGGGCGAGUCGGCCGGGGCUGGGUCCAUUCUCCAUCACCUGGUUCGCGAAGACGGUGCUGUUGAUCCCACAUUCAAGACAUUUGCUGUUCAGAGCCCGGCGUUUGAAUGGGCCUGGGACAAAAACCCGAUGGGCAAGCUGGACCAGGUCUAUCAGAACUUCUCUAGUCUUGCCGGUUGUGGCUUAGCCUUCAACCUUACCUGCUUGAAGGAGUCUACCAACCUGACAGCGGCGAACCAGGCGCUCUUCGACACUGUCAAACAGACUGGUCUGUUCCCAGUGGGGCCGGCCGUGGACGACAAGUGGAUCACUACAAUUCCAACUAUCUCGUUCGCGAAUGGUAAAUACUGGAAGUCCUCCAUCCAGUCUACGAUCAUCUCCCACGUCCUAAACGAGACUGCUUCGUUCAUACCGUCUUUUGUUACUUCAUCCGACACAUUCGCCGAGUUUCUCGAUGUCUUCCUCCCCGGAGCCGAGCUAGCGUCUCAACGACAAAAGAUAGCUGCCCAAUACCCCUGCACCAAAUAUCCCUAUGAUGGCGACUAUCGGCUCUGUAUCGCGACAGUCAUCCGCGACGCCAGCUUCACCUGCAACACCCGUGACCUCUACUCCGCAUAUCCGAGCAAAUCUCACAUGCUGCGGUAUGGGUUCCCGACCGCCUAUUAUGCCCGCCACGCCUCAGACUUAGUGCCCCUAUUCUCCAACGACUUUAUCGAAGCUAAGGCCAUCUUGGAGAAGAACAGCGUCAGUACCGUUGAAGCUUGGGGCUAUGCUUUACUCCGAACUAAAAGCGACCUGGCCGAGGCGUACCAGAGGUACUUUGCGUCCUUUGCGCUCUCGGGUGGAAACCCGAAUACACUCUCGAUGUCGAAAGUCUGGGGCUGGGAGCCGCCGACUUGGACUGUGGCAGAUGGGAAUGGAGACGAGCUGAGCAACGUGCUCUCAGUGGGACCGCCAGAUCUUGUGUCUUCCGCGUUGGCGCUCGAUGCCGACGACCAGAAUACGAAGUCGGCGUGUGGUUUUUGGACUGAGAUUGCGAAGGAAGUCGUUGCAGCACAGGAGGUGGCGGAAGUAGUUUGGAAUGGAGUGAAGGUGGUGGACUCUGACGAACUGUAA